AUUUUAUUCUCGAUAACAAAAAAUCGCGCGUGUCCCCUCCUCGAUCAGUCCUCCUUUCUAGAUUCAUCACCGGAUAUCGACAUUCACUGCAUCUCCUCUAUUCCCGCGAGAGGAACGGCCAGGUACAUUCGCCAGGUGCGGCGUCGAUUCGUCGCUCCCACCUUCGGCUCGGCGGUCGUUUAUCCCUAGUCUGUUCCUUCCUUUUCUCCCCUUUUUCGCGGCAUUUUUCCUUCUCGCGGCCAGAAUGCCGCGCGAUAUCCCUUCGUAUGCGCGCAGAGAGGGAAAGUUCUCUACAGUAUCUGCAGCGGUACCGGACAGUUGCGGUCAACAGGAUCGUGAGAUUCGGACGCUCGGAGUGCCGCAAGGAGAACGAGUCGCGUGUAUAGUACGAUGUGAUAGUCCUCUACAUUGAACAAUUGUCCUCGGUAUCGCAAAAUAUCGCGCACUAUAUAUCGAUCGGAUCGAGAUUCUUUUGAAUCAGCGCGUUGUUGUCAUUAGCGCUAUCGCUAUUUACGUGAGUGUUCAAGGACCGGUUGGUAUCUCGGCUGCUGGAAGAUGCUCGUGCCGCGGACGAUAUGUGUUUCUCCAUACGUGCGAUAAGUGCGGCUUCAGUAACGGUAAUAAAAUCGGCGUGUGCAACAAACGAUUAGUCAGAGCGAAGCGACUGUCGCAUGCGCGUCCGCUUCGCGAUCGGAGACAGCGGCCGAGGAAGAGGCCAGAACGCGGCGAUUCGCGUGACUUCGAGGAGAUCGGUCCCCGGUACGCGCGAUCACGAAAAUCGGUUUUCCGUGACGAGCGUUUAACGGGAACGCAGUGCGGCGCAGGAAGUGCUCCAGUUUCGUCGCGGUUUACAACGCGCGCUCGACUCGGAGAAAGGUGCAGCCUGACGAUUAGGCGGAAAUCCCGGUUGGAUUCGUUCGAGCUCUUGCGGGACCGGGCAAUAAAUUCCCGAGAGAGCGAGCAAGUCAAGAGGACGAAGUGCGCGAAGUGGAGUGCCGCCGCGUUCGCGGCACAUUCGUUCGAAGGGAGAUUUCAACGCGUGUGUAAGGCACGUCCGGAUUCACCGGAUAUCGAUUCGCGCCCAUUUGGAGAUGCCUGCGUUGAAGCUCUUUGGGCGAAAAUGGUUGGCCGCAACCGACGACCUUGUGUAUCCCGGCUUAUUCGAAUUAUUUAUCCGCGUUGUAUGGUUGAUUCUUAUAGGGAUCGUCUGCGCAAGGUACUACGAGGAUACGUGGAAUUGUCGGUUGGGAGGUGAAUUAGUGCGCGUGUAUCUCCUCGGCGAAGCGGUCAUGCUCAGCAUCGUUACGCUCUUGAUACUUAUUAUCAUCAGACAUAGUGCGAGGGGAAACAUCAUGGAUACGCAUGCCCGAUGCUACGUCGAACCGCUUCUAAUGAUCAAGAUAUUAAUGUUGCUGCCGGAGAUCGGAUGGAAUGUCUUAGGCACUAUGUGGAUUUUCGGGCAAAGCGUAGAAUGCGACCAUGAAUCCUAUUCCAUCACCGUCGUCGAAGCCCUGGUGUUCUUUGAUUGGAUCCUAAUCGGUCUCAGUAUUUUCGGCAUCGCUCUGGUGUUCGAUCCGAUCGGUUCCCUGGAGAGACGGCAGUUGGAGAGUUCCGUGGAGCACGGCAAGAUCUCGCGCCUCUGGCUACGCAGAUUCAAAUUUCUGUGGUGGAUGCGGAAGGACGAGAGCGCAAACGAGACCUUUCAACAUGUCGCUGGUCUUUUAAGCGCAUUAUUCCGCGGUACCGAUUUGGUUCCCUCGGACGUAAUAGCAGGAUGCAUCUUACUCAGAGUCCGACAGAAACGAGAAACUCACGAAUUGCGGAAGUUAAAUCUAAUCACGCGUCCAAAGUAUACUUCAGACAGCAGCGAGAUCUUCUCGGGCACACCUAGUUGGAUGUCCUUGGAAGCUGCCCACCACUUCCUGCAAUUAUCGAUCGCUUCUUACGGCUGGCUUUUUGUAAUAUAUCAGCAUUUGUGUACUGGAUGUUUUCGUUUAAUACGGGGCAUGACGUGCUGCGCUUGUUUCCGACGAAAGCGUAACAUUAUUCUGGACGAUAAUUGUUGCCUCUGCUAUCUUUCUGGCAUUAAAUAUCUAUCGAAGCUGUCCGAGGAGGAUAUUCUAUUUGCCUCUUUAAAGAAUCAUUUAUGCGAAAUACCGUUCUGCGUGAUUGCGGAUCACAAAACUGCUAAUAUCGUCGUAGCUAUACGAGGAUCGUUAUCCUUGCGAGAUUUGAUCACUGAUAUUGCAGCCGCGUCCGAUUCAUUCGAAUGUCCUGGUCUUCCUCCAAAUAGUACGGCACACAGAGGCAUGAUAAUAGGAGUAAAAAUAAUUUUGAAACAACUGGAGAACUAUAAAGUUUUGGAAAGAGCAUUCGCCACAUAUCCCAAUUACAAUCUAACGAUCACAGGUCAUAGUUUAGGAGCUGGUUUAGCAAUUCUUUUAGGAUUAUUAAUACGCCCCCGUUAUCCAGACUUGAGAGUCUACGCGUUUGCUACGCCUGCUGGGCUGCUCAGCAGAGAUGCUGCCAGGAUUACGGAGGAGUUUGCGUUGACCAUUGGACUCGGGGAUGAUCUUGUAAUGAGGCUCAGCGUGGACAGUAUAGAAAAUUUAAGGACUUCAUUGUUGACAACUCUUCGGGACUGUCGAUUACCUAAAUACAGAGUGGUUCUAAAUGGAUUUGGGUACGCUUUGUUUGGAGUUUCCGAGAACGAUCUGAGUAAAACGUGGACCAACUAUAAUAUAAUUAGCACAAUUCCGGGCCAAUCACCUUUACUCGCCAAGUCUAGAGACACGGAUAAUCAAAUAAUAGAACGUGACAUAACGAAAAGAAGAUAUUCGAAAGAACGAUUGUUUAAUGCUGGUCGUAUUCUUCAUAUAACAAGGUGCAAGCUAGAAAAUACGGAGGGAAAAAGCAAGAAACAGCUCGCGAAAGAGAGGAAAUACGAAAUGCGAUGGGCGCAAGCGGAAGAAUUUACGAAAUUAUCGGUGAUGCCACGCAUGCUCUUAGAUCAUUUGCCAGAAAACAUAGAGCUGGCAUUAUCAACGUUACUGGAGCAACAGAAUGAUAUACCCUAUUACUUCGAUCCUUAGUAAUCAAUAGUCAUGAGACAUGAAAUACCUAGAUGCGUUGUGACUGACACGAAAAUGCCGAUCUCGGAAAGC